AAAUUGAAUGCAACCUAACUAAUACAACACCUAAAAUGGAGGUGUUAGUUACUGUGGGUCGCAUUUGUUGUGAUGCUGAAGGCAAAAUGAAUUCUUCUUCAGUGCUUUUGGAAGGCUCGCUGAAGACAUCUGGUGGACAAUCUGUUCAUCUGAGCUUGUCAGGUGUUGAAGAGUACAGUUUGUUCCCAGGACAGGUGGUUAAUGUGGAAGGAAGGAAUGGAAGUGGGACAGAGCUAGCUGCAUCAACAAUACAGGAUGAUGUGGCACUGGAUCGUUUACCUCUUUCAUCUCAGUUGACAGAGCCUUUAUCUGUUGUGGUUUCUUGUGGUCCAUUUUCAACUUUUGACAACUUACUUGAUGAACCACUGAAUGAGCUGAUUGGAACAUUGGACUCUCAGCCACCAGAUAUUCUCAUUCUUAUUGGACCGUUUGUUGACGCAGAACAUCCACUUAUCAAGGACUCCAAAGUAAACAAAACAUUUGAUGAACUGUUUAAAGUAAUGGCCAAAGACAAACUGGAUAAAAUGUUAAAGUGGAAAACAUCUGUUUUGGUAGUGCCUUCUUUACGUGAUGUUCACCAUCAUUGUGUAUAUCCACAGCCACCACUUCAGCUGGAAGAUAAAUAUGAGAAUGUGUACUUUCUUUCCAAUCCAUCAACAGUUUCAUUAAAAGGAGUAACUUUUGGCAUUACAUCAACUGAUGUUUUAUUCCAUCUUGGCAACCAUGAAAUAAACAAAGGAAUAACUGGUGAUCGCUUGGGACGAUUGUGCCACCAUCUGCUCAAGCAGCAAAGCUACUAUCCUUUGUAUCCUCCUCAUAAAUCAGUCAGUAUUGAUUACGAGCAAUUUAUGUCAUACGGAAUGAUGCCUGUUGCUCCUCAUGUUCUUUUACUUCCAUCUGAUUUGAGAGUGUUUACAAAGGAUGUGGCUGGCACUCUGUGUGUAAACCCAGGUCGGCUUGCAAAACGCCAUGGGGGUGGUACAUAUGCUCGACUAAUGAUAUUUCCGGAGACAGCAAGUCAUGGGAGCAUCAUCAGCAGCACUGUUGCAGAUGUAGUCCGAGUGUGACUAAUUGUAACUUUGUUGAUCAGUUGGAUAGACAAAAUCCAUCUGUCAUUCAUUUGCUAGCAUUGAUGACCCAGCAGCGUAGCCUGCAUUCCGUGAUUGGGGGGAACAGAUCGUAUCUCUAUGUUUGAAGAUUAAUAGUGUGACUGCCGGUAAUAACUGCUUAUGUACGUUUAUGUGUAAUGGUACGUAUAGGUAUGCAUUUAUACUGAGUCUUAGAAGGAGCAUUCCGGA